AUGCUCUUCCAACUCCAAGUCCAACGCAGCUCGCGGUCGCUCUUUCACACCCUUCGUCUGCAGUCACGACAUCGUUCUUAUACUCUACGAGCGGUAGGAGCUGUUGGUCUCGGACUGGGCCUGUCACUUGCUAGACCGACAAUUCACUGUGAAGGUUCACGACCCUCAUCUCCUCUCUUGACUACAACUCCGACUGUCGCAAAGCCUGAACCCGAGGUUCCCCCACCACCGAUCCCAGAAUCAUCGGUCAACUUUCUUGAGCUUAGUUUUGGUACCGUUGCAGGCAUCUGCGCUGGGGUGUUUGUCAAGAAGGGUGCAAAGCUUGUCGCUUUCUUCCUGGGAGGAGUUUUCGUGUUCCUACAGUAUACUGGUUCAGUCGGCAUUGUCAAAGUAGACUGGAAUGCUGUCGGGCUCCGUUUCAAACGCCUCUUCUAUACUCUGGACCCAAAAACAGGAGAGUCGGUUUGCACCAACGGUUUACAGCGUGUGGAUUCGGCUGGUCGAUUUCUUGACAGCGGAUUUCCAGCCACGGGCAAGUUUCCUGGCAGGUUUGGCACUUGGCCUGCGCAUCGGGUAGACGAGGUUGAGAGGAUUUUGGAAUCGACAUCCGAUGAGGAACAGGGCAAACGAAAAGCUGUAGAUGAUGGUGCACCACGCCCGACCAAGAAACCCAAGUCGAAAGAGGUCGCCAAAAAAUCGAAAAAAGCUCCCCGUGUUCAAUUUGCGGAAGACGACUCUGAAGCGUCCGGUGGGGGCUGGGAAGAUAUCCAGGAUGGUGCAGCAAUUGGUGAUCUCGACGACUUGUUGGAAGAUUCGGACGAUGAUAUGCUUGGGGGCCGUGGUCCUGUUCAAGAAUUCGACUUUGGUUCCGAUGCGGAUGAGCCUGACGAUGAACCCACGCUAACGUUACGGUCUAAAAAAUCGAAACAAGCUGGCCCACCUCCGUCAAAAAUAAUACCAGCUCACUCCUCUUCUGACUCUUCCGACGACGAAGAAGAGCGUAUAACGUUAGCCAAUAUGGAGGCACGGUCUCGUGCUUUGGAUGCACAAGCAGAUCUUGAUGCGGAACUGGACAUGGCGGAGGCCCAGGAAGCCGACGCUGGUGACGACAAUGAAGAAUUGGACAUAGAUGAUGAUGACGAAGACGCAAAUGGGGACAUUGCCAUUGAACCCUUCCAGUUACCAACUGCUGAAGAACGAGAGCAGGAGAAAAUCACGGUGCCUGAUGUCCAUGUCGUUCAGCAACGGAUGCGGCAUUGUGUCAAGGUACUAGCAAGAUUCAAACGUCUGGGUCAGAAAGGCCGGCCCCGUUCAGAAUACAUUGACCAACUCAUCUCCGACAUUGCUAGCUACUAUGGCUACAACGAUUUCCUGGCUGAGAAGCUAUUUCAUUUGUUCUCUAUCAGCGAGGCCAUCGAGUUUUUCGAGGCCAAUGAAGUUCCUAGACCAGUCACAAUCAGGACAAACACUCUUCGCACCCGACGGCGUGAUCUUGCGCAAGCCCUCAUUAAUCGCGGAGUCAACCUUGAGCCCAUAGGGAAAUGGACAAACGUUGGCUUACAGGUUUUCGAGAGUAGUGUUCCCAUUGGCGCGACACCAGAAUAUCUAGCGGGGCACUACAUGCUACAAGCAGCAUCCUCUUUCCUUCCAGUGAUCGCAUUGGCUCCCCAGCCUAAUGAACGUGUUUUGGAUAUGGCGUCCGCCCCAGGAGGGAAAACGACCCAUAUUGCGGCACUUCUCCAAAACACAGGUGUCGUUUUCGCCAACGAUGCGAAUAAAGCGCGUACUAAGAGUCUUACGGCCAACGUUCACCGUUUGGGCUGCCGGAAUGUCGUUGUUUGCUCGUAUGAUGGGCGAGAGUUCCCCAAGGUCAUGGGGGGUUUUGACAGAGUGCUUCUCGAUGCGCCAUGUAGCGGGACUGGUGUUAUCAGCAAAGAUGCAAGUGUCAAGACAAACAAGUCUGACCGCGACUUUACUCUGCUAUCUCACCUCCAGAAGCAGCUGAUCCUCUGUGCCAUUGACAGCGUGAGUCCAGAGUCCAAGACAGGCGGGUACAUCGUUUAUUCGACUUGUUCCGUGACUGUGGACGAAAAUGAGGCGGUUGUUGACUAUGCACUUCGGAAACGACCGAAUGUGCAUUUGGUCGACACUGGGCUUGAAUUUGGAACGCCUGGAUUCACUAGUUACCGUGGCAAGACGUUUUCCCCAACCGUCGCGUUCACUCGCCGGUUUUACCCCCAUGUUCACAACAUGGAUGGUUUCUUUGUCGCCAAAUUCAAGGUGGAGAAGCGUGCCAAGAGCAAGAAACAGGAAGAAGAAACUAGAACAGUCGAAGUGGUGGCUGAAGAUGGGACCGUCCAAAACUCUGGACCAGAACAAGUCCAGAAUGAGACCGCGUUUGAUUCGGAUGAAGAUAGGCCAUAUAUCGAAGAGGCAAGACGCAAGCAGAUGAAGGCAAAGGGGCUACGUCCCCCACCAAGGAAGGCACCCGCUGUCAAGGCGGCGGCAUAG